CCCCCCCCCCCUUCUUCUACUACCAUCCUCUCCCCCAUCUUUUGUACCGCUGCAAGUGUAGUGUGUUGGAGAGCAUUACAAGCGCGCGCGCAGAGGGAAAGGAGGGGGAAAAAAUAGAAAGUGAGAGAGAAGAGUGUCUCCAAAGUCCCGUUACUCCCCAUUGAUCAAAUGAUGCUGGGGGUGGAGGAAGAGGAGAGUUCGGAGUGCAGCAGUGGAUGCCAGUCUGGUGGACCAUGUACUUGGACCAGUCCUAUGAGCCCGCAACCUCUCUUCCCUUCCAAAAAGCUGGCUGUAUUGAGCAAGAGGAGGAAAUGGAAGAGGAGGAGGAGGAGGAGGACUUAUCUAUGGUCUCUGAUGCAUCUUCUGGGCCACCCCAUUUCCGUGAGGAAGAUUACAACUGCUACUGUUCUCACUCCAACACUUGCUACAAUGGCAAUGGUUGCCUGUUCUAUGCCUCCACCCUUCCAACUGCCUCGGCUGCUGCAUUGGCCGGGAAUGGUGACAAGAGGAGGAGAGUGGAGAGUAAACAACAGAGGGAGUCUGCCUCUCUCUUGGAUGACACUGCCAGCUCCCCUCUCUUCAGCUUCCCCGAUGUAUGUAUGCUCUUUGCUAUUUCUUCCUCUUCCCUUGGUCUCAUGCUCUUCACAUUUGGGUUGUUAUCUCUUCAGACCAGCUUCAAUGCCGCCACCAACAAUGUGAAGGCUUCCGUGGAGAAUGUUUUGGAGUUCUCUUGUGGCUUCUCUGCCACCCAUUUUAAGGGAAAGUCUGCAUUGCAGAAGCAAAUGGGUUACCUGCAUUCCUCUGCUCCUGUGAAGCCAACUCCUGCAAGACCAGUCUGCAGGGAUGAAAGUGAGAAGAAGAUUUGGUGACAAGUUUCAUUCUCCUUGUUCUGAAGGGAAAUAGAUGGAAGAAUAUGUACAGAUCUCCAAGAGAUCUUUCUUUGGCCUUCUUUUAUUUAUUUUUCCUUUGUCCCUGCUAUUUUGCUUUUUUCCUGUCAAUGCAGUGGGAAACAACCUGAGCAAAAGGGAGGAGAAAAUAAAGAUUGCCUUUGUUUUGUUUUCAUUGAAUCCUUUGUCAUGAAAUGGGGUAACAAAAUGGAGCUUGUGGGUUCUGUUCA